UAAAUUGUAAACGACCAACGUUUAACUUAUAAAAUAUCUAAAUAAUCUGAUCGCCGCUGCCGUUAGUUUUGAGUGACAAAAAAAUGAUUAUUCACUAUUAACUGAAACGUGAAUGUCCAAUUCAUGUGAAUUGUGUGACUAUCAUUUUCGAAAUAAGGUCUAUAUCAAUAAAUCAGUUCAAUGUUUAGAUAAAAUAGUUAUUCAAUAUGAGUUCUAGCCAUAGCCAAAAAAAUAGCGAAGAAGAAGGAGAAUUUUCUGAUGACGAUUGGUACAACGGUAGUAUAAAAUCCAUUACGCUUGAAAAUUUCAUGUGUCAUUCUAAUUUCCAUUUGACGCUAAACCCAAGAAUUAACUUCAUAUCUGGAUUAAACGGAAGUGGAAAGAGUGCCAUUCAAACCGCACUGGUAGUUGGCUUAGGUGGACGAGCAACCAUUACUAAUAGAGCCACUUCAAUCAAGUCCUUAAUAAAAUAUGGUUGUCAUUCGGCUUUGAUAUCGAUAACAUUGGCAAACGGCGGAGAUGGUAAUUUUGACUCGGGACCUUAUCGACCGGAAGUGUACGGGAAACAGAUAACUGUGGUAAGACAAAUCACAGAUGCAGCCAGUUCUUAUAAAUUUCUCAACGAAUCUGGUCGUUCCGUAAAAGGCAAUAAAAAUGAACUGAAAAACAUGGUGCUUCACUUUAACAUUUUAGUGGAAAACCCAAUAUGUGUUAUGAACCAAGCAAUGGUGAAAACAUUUCAUAAAAGCGCCAACCCAAAGGCCAAAUAUGAAUUGUUCUAUAGAGCUACGUCUGCUGACGUGUACAGCGAAAGUAUUGAAAAUACAAAACGUAUUGGCGAAGAAUACUAUGAAAAAUGGCAAAAUGCUAAAGAAGUUCUGGAGCAGUGUUUCAAAGAAGUGAAAGAGUACGAAGUUUACGAAAAGAAGGCCAAACAGUUGGAAACGAUUAAGAAGAGCAGGAGUCAUUUUCAAAAUGAAUACGCCUGGCAUAUUGUAUCGAGACUUGAAAAAGAAUACGACAGAAUUAAAGGGCAGAUAACGGACCACAAGGAGGACAUUACUAAUUACGGCGACAAAAUCCACAAUUUAGAGAAAAAAAUUGAAAAUGCAUCGGAAAUUUUAAAGGUCAAAAAGGAUGAACUGUCCAAUGCCCAAGAAGCUCGCUCUCGUAACCAUUUCGAUCUUAUGGAAGCAAAAAAGGAGAAACAGAAUAAAGCAAGCGAAUACGACAUAAUCAAACAAACGGUUAGGAAUUAUGAAUCAACGUUGCGAAUGUUAAUGAACGACAAAAAAGAAUUGGAAAAGCAUAUAGCUAUUGAAAACCAGAAAGGCAAUACUAAUAGCAUUGGCCAGUUUAAGGAAUCGCUAAAACGUUACGAGCAAACUAUUGCCGAAGUGGAGGCCGCCUGGAAAACCAACGUGGAACACGAGCAGACUCUUAAUAAUACAAUCGACGAUAUAAAACAGAAAAUUGGCAAUUUGAAAAACAACGAGAUAGGUCCAUUGCAAAGAAGAGUGGGUGAACUUAACAGAAACAUUGCCAGUAUGUCCCAACAACAAGAUCGAAUCAACUUUUACGGUAACUGGAUGCCGAAUUUAGUGAAUGCUAUCGAAACUGCUUUUGCACAAAACAAGUUCAUUAAAAAACCCAUCGGACCUAUUGGGGCACACAUAAAAGUAAACAAUGACAAGUGGAUAUUCUCUAUAGAAAAUCACUUGGGCAGAGGUGCUCUGAGAACGUUCUUAGUCGAUAAUUUCACCGACAACAAAGUGCUUCAAGCAAUAAUGGAUAGGACAAUACCGGGCGGUACAAGGAAGCCGACUGUAAUCACGAGUAAAUUUUUCGAUCACAUUCAUAACAUCAUGGAAAAAGAAACGAAAAAUAGCCUUUUUCGCAUGCUAACGUUUACCAAUCCGGUUGUUGGUAAUUGUUUGAUCGACAAUAACCAAAUCGAAACAAUAAUGCUCGUCGACGAUACCGUCGAAGCGAUGCCCAUGAUGGAGAACGUAUCCAAAGUGCCUAGAAAUUGUCAUUUUAGUCUGACGUUGGACGGCACUCAAGUUUAUCCUAGCCCAUCUUAUAGAGUCUAUUCUUUGCAAAACCCAUGCGAACCCGUUCUUUUACAAAGUGACGUUUCAGUGGCGAUAAACAAUUUGAAGCGCGAAAAAAACGAUCUAGAAAUAAAAAUCCGUAAACUCAAUCAGGAAUGUGAAUCUCUCGAACAGUCUAAAAAUGAAAAGAAAAAUCUCUUGAAUAAAACAAACACGGAAACCAGACUGUUGAAGUCGAAAUUCGACGAAUACUCAAAAAAGAUAAACAGCCUCAGAGCCAAGUGCGACGAAGAACAAGACGAUAGAAUCACGACGCUCACCGAAGAAAUGAACGACGUGAAUUCCAAAAUAGCCAAAGCGGAAAAAUCCAAAGAAGACGCGAUGAAACCAAUACCUAAGUAUGAAAAGGAAAUUUUAGAGAUCAACGAGCGGUUGCUUAAAAUUCAGUCGACAAUUGAGAAAACGGACCGCUCGGCAAUUAUGGAACAAAUAGAAACUCUCGAGUUCCAAGUGAAGGGCAAUCGGUUGAAAAUAUCACAAAUCAACGACGAUUUAAAAACCAAAACGACCGCGUUGAGAGAAUUGGAAAAAAAAGCCGAUAGCGUGAAAAAAAAUGUCGCUAAAAAGGAGGAAGAGGCCAAAACUCUGUGCGAGAAAAUCGAAACCGCUCGCGACGAAGAAGACAUCCGGAGAGACAUCGAAGAAACCAAUCACAAGAAUCAACUGCUUGAAAUGGAACUGAAGAAAAAAGAUGUCAAUCACCUCGUGCUGAGAGACGAGUACAAAAAGAAAAAACAAGAAUUCCUUCAGCACAAAACGUUGCUUAAUCAAAUCGAAGAAAUAUACAAAACCAAUAACAAAUUGAUAGAAUUGGGAAUAUCGUUUUUAUGCAACUACAUUGAAGUCGUUCGACUCAAAGUGAUCGAGUCGUUUGAUUUGGUUUUACUUUUGCGCAAAAUCAAAGGCAAACUUGAAAUAGAUCAAAACGAAGGCGGCUCGAUGACUAUUACAAUGUUUGACAACAUAAGCACUUCAUGCGCGUCGGGCGGCGAAAGGACUUUUGCGACCGUCGCUUUGAUCUUAGCUCUGUGGAGCAACGUGCAACUUCCGUUCUACUCCAUUGACGAGUACGAUGUUUACAUGGACAACGUUAAUAGGUUGGCUACUACUCAGCUGCUGAUGAUGGCCAUUGAAAACAGGAAAAAUCAGUUUAUAUUCUUAACUCCUCAGGAUAUAUCACAUAUACAGAGUUCUCACAAUAUAAGAGUUGUCAAGUUAAAAGAACCAAGAUCAUAACCAGUAUGUUUGUUGUUCAUUUUGUUGUACUUGUAAAAUUCUAUUCUUUAUGUAUUUUAUUUUAAUUAAUUACAGUUUUGAGUUGUGUAAUAUUUAAUCAGUUAUAUAUAUUUUUUUUCAUUUAAUUUUAGCAAUAUUGUCAUUUUUUUUU